CACUUCACACAAUUACAAUCGAUAUCACUCAUUCACUCCUUAUAAAAACGAUAACCCACUCUGAACAUAGACAACAUUACGCACCUAAUUCCCAGUUCUAAGGAAACCUCAACUCGAACUCUCUGCAACACCAUCACUCAUGGCUUCUACUCAGGAGGUUCUUCCCACACCGUUGGAUGCCACCUCCAACCCACCUCCUCUGUUUGAUGGCACUACAAGGCUGUAUACCUAUUACUCAUGCCCAUUUGCACAGAGGGUCUGGAUCACUAGGAAUUAUAAGGGCUUACAAGAUCAGAUUAAGUUAGUUCCAAUAUAUCUUCCAAACAGGCCUGCUUGGUACAAGGAAAAGGUCUACCCUGAGAAUAAGGUGCCAGCUUUGGAGCACAAUGGGAAGAUCAUUGGGGAGAGUCUUGAUCUGAUCAAGUAUGUGGAUAGCAACUUUGAAGGGCCUUCACUUUUCCCCAAAGACCCUGAGAAAGCAAAAUUUGGUGAAGAAUUGAUAUCACAUGUUGGUACCUUCACCGGGGAAUUGCGUACUGCAUUCAAAGCAGAAGACACAGUAAAACAGGCUGAUGCUCAGUUUGAUUACCUGGAAAAUGCUCUGAAAAAAAUUAAUGAUGGCCCAUUUCUUCUGGGUCAAUUCAGUCUGGCUGACAUAGCAUAUAUUCCAUUUGUCGAAAGAUUCCAAACCUUCUUAUCAGAGAUGUGGAAGUAUGACAUCACAGCAGGCAGGCCGAAACUAGCAGCAUGGUUGGAGGAAAUCAACAAGAUUGAUGCUUAUAAGGUAACCAAAACUGAUCCAAACGAGGUUGUUGUAUCCUACAAGAAGCGUUUUUUGGAGCAACAGUGAAGGUGAACCAGUGCUUCAGAUAUAUGGUCUGAAUAAGUGGCUGAGUAGCAGUGGAGAAUGUAUGCUAGUCCGGAUAUAUAUUUGUGUCUUGUUUUAGAUAUGGACUUGUCUAGAUCUGCUUUAGCUAUGGACUUCCCUUGGUUCCUUCAAUAAAAUUCAGGUCACUUUGUAUUGCACUGCUAAGAAUUCUAUAAAAAAUAUUAUCUGUAUUGUAAAAAUAGUACACAAUAUGACUACAAAUUUUAUGAGUUAGUA